GCGUCGCGGCUCAUAAGCGAGCCAUAAUCGCCAGAAAUGACACACUGUUACCGGAGCCGAUGUUCGAAGUCUCUCGUAUAAACGGGAAUCUCGAAAAAAAUUCCACAAGGCGCUGAAACCCUGGUCCCGGACUUCUCAGGUGCCAAAAAGUGCUGGGGUCGCUCGCGGGUUCGCAGACGUUGCAAAGUCUCAAGAAACUUGACUGGUUCCGAGCAACGUCAGCUUCGAGCCGCCAGAGAAAGAGAAUUAACCUCGAAAAACUCACAUUGAAAGCCGGAAGUGGUGGAAGGGUCCCGGGAACACUCUAGGCGCGACUCUGUGGCAGCGCAGCCCGUUGGCUUUGACGGGAAGCCUGUCCGCGAACUCAGCCCGGCCCUUCCGCUUCCUUUCCAGAGGCCGGUGGUGGUGAGCCCGUGGAGGGGGAGGGCCGUGCCAGGGAGGAGACGGGGGGAGGAGGAGGAGGAGGGGGCGGGCAGGCUCCGCAGCGCAUCCUUCGAGCUGGCCGCCUCUCCCCUCCCCACCUCGAGGGCAUAGGCGGGCGACCAGGCUCUGGGGGGUUCCGGCCGCCGCCGCUCCGACUAGGGCGGGGACAAGCCCUCCUCAGCUCCCAUUAGCUGAGCCGGGACUGUGUCUUUGUAGCGCCCUUCUCCUCCUCCUCCUCCUCCUCUAACACCCCCCGCCCCCCCGGCCGAGUUGCCCGGGCCCAUCUCGGUGUGUCCCAUGGACAGGCACAAAGUGAAACGCCAGAGGCUGGACCGCAUUUGCGAAGUAGUACUAGAAAAAUACAGAGAGACUUCUCAUUAUAAGAUCUUAAAGGUAUAAGGCCUCCUAUUGGUAAUGGCCCAAUGCCAGCCCGUCCGCUGGUUGCCCUCCUGGAUGGCAGGGAUUGCACUGUAGAGAUGCCUAUCCUGAAGGAUGUUGCUACAGUGGCUUUCUGUGAUGCACAGUCAACUCAGGAAAUCCAUGAAAAGGUGCUAAAUGAAGCUGUUGGGGCUCUGAUGUACCACACCAUUACCUUGUCGCGCCAGGACCUGGAGAAGUUCAAAGCUCUCCGGGUCAUUGUGCGAAUUGGCAGUGGCUAUGACAAUGUGGAUAUCAAGUCAGCUGCAGAAUUAGGCAUUGCUGUGUGCAACAUCCCUUCCUCUUCUGUGGAAGAGACUGCUGAUUCUACCCUUUGCCACAUCCUAAACCUUUAUCGUCGAGUUACCUGGCUCCACCAGGCCAUGAGAGAAGGAAACAGAGCCUCAAGUAUGGAGCAGAUCAGAGAGGUGGCUGGUGGUGCUGUGCGUAUUCGUGGUGAGACUUUGGGCAUCAUUGGUCUUGGCCGAGUUGGGCAGGCAGUUGCCCUGCGUGCAAAACCCUUUGGCUUCAAUGUGGUUUUCUAUGAUCCAUAUCUGCCUGAUGGAGUGGAGCGUUCCCUGGGGUUGCAACGGAUGGCCACCCUGCAGGAUCUGCUAAUGCACAGUGACUGCAUCACAUUGCAUUGUAGUCUCAACGAGCAUAAUCACCACCUCAUCAAUGACUUCACCAUUAAACAGAUGCGCCAAGGCUGCUUUCUGGUGAAUACAGCUCGUGGUGGACUGGUUGAUGAGAAAGCCAUGGCUCAAGCCCUAAAGGAGGGACGAAUCAGAGGGGCAGCACUGGAUGUGCAUGAGACUGAGCCCUUCAGCUUUGCAAAUGGCCCUCUAAAAGAUGCUCCCAAUGUAAUCUGUACUCCUCACACAGCCUGGUAUAGUGAGCAGGCUUCCAUUGAAUCCAGAGAGGAUGCAGCUAAGGAGAUCCGAAGAGCCAUCACAGGUCACAUACCUGAUGCUUUGAGGAACUGUGUUAAUAAGGAGUAUUUGCUUUUAGCAGCUCAGUGGUCCAAUAUUGACCCUGCGGCUGUACAUCCAGAGCUUAAUGGAGCUGCAGCAUACAGGUUUCCUCCAGGAGUAAUGGGAGUAGCACCCUCAGGGCUGCCAGAACCACCAGUAGAGGGGAUUGUGGGUCAUGGCAUUCCUUCUGUGUCUCACUCUGCACCACAUACCCCUUCUCCAGGAGAAUCGAGCAAAUUGGAGCCUGAAAGAGAGAUCUCCACUGACCAGUAGCAUCUCUGCUGUCUUUUUCACCCUUCAUAAGAGAGCAGAGAGGGUUCUCCUGUUUUUAGGACCUAUUGUGACACCCCAUGGACUGUUUCCUGUCCACACUAGACAGGAGAAUGCAUUUCAUUGUUGGCAAAUUCUAGCUCUUGCCUUUAAACAGAUAUUUUGUAACAGAUUUAGUUUAAAUCUCUUGGUGAAUCUCUUUCCUUGUUUGGGGCAAUGAAGCAGUGAUUCUUCAUCCUCUUGGUAAUGUUAAACUUAACAUGAAAGUUCCCAUACACCUGCCUCCACUGUAAUAUGCGGGAGAACAGUACCUGGCUGAACACAGAACUCCAGUGAUUCCAGAACAAGACUGGUGUGGAUGUUUAAGGUGGCUACUUAGGUUGAAGAUCAGCUAAGUCUCAGGUACAAGUGACAAAGAGCACUGUAGUGGGGAGGGAAGCUGUGCAUGUGGGUUGGCCUGUUGCUUGGUAGAAAGGAGUCCUUGCUCAGUUGUUCAUUUGUGAGCACUUACUGCUUUGAUCCUGCCUGUAUGCUGUUAACAGAUAUGGUUGAUUUGCUUCUGAGUGCUGAGGGUAAGUAAUUACAGGAGCCAGAGUAAAUUUGAAAUUCUGCCGGGAGUCUGAUUUAUGUUCAAAACUAGUGCAGAGAAUCAAUAAAAUUGUCGUGACAGCCAAGUUGUUUGAAGUUACAGGAAGGAAGGUUCAACUGGGAUUUGGGCCCAGCUCAGGGAAUGAGGACUUAGCCCCGCAUCAGGUGGCAGGAGGAGUUCCAGAACUCAAGGCUUCAGGUUAUAUUAAAUGCCUGUUCUUUGCUGCAAGAAGAUGAUUAUGCUGAAAUCCUAGAACCAUAGGCCCCAAAUCUCUCUGACCUGUUUCUAACCUGCAUCAAAACUAGAAUUGUUCCCUCUGGCUUUUUCUAGUAUGAAAUGUCCCAGGUGUGUGCGUGCUGAAUUGUCAUGUUCUUUACCUCACCCUCUUAAUCUGAAUUGAGUCCUUAUCAUCUUGCAAAAUACCCAACAAAACUAAUUCUCAGUGCUUGCAGAUAGCCACAGUUUUCUUGAAAAACUUAGCUGAGCUAUUCUGUGGCAGUUUUGUGUGUGUGUUUUCCCCUCCACCUGGGUGUGCUUUAAAGGAGGCAUUUGAAUCUACUUAGAGGUAUAGAUCGGGUUGUAAGCUGUAUAUUUUGUGGGGGAAAUGACUUAUUUCCUGGCACAUUGUCCAAGCAAACAUAUAUUUCAUUAUGAAGCAAAAUAUUUAUUAUUGUUGAAAGAUAGCCUUGUCACACUGAGUGAACUUCACAGAACUCUUUGAAAAUAUGAGAUAAAUCAUAAUCAAUCUGAGCAUACAGCUGACAGAGGAAUUUUGGGAGUGGGUAACGGGAAUUUAUUUUUUGAAAUCUGAAUCUGACUUUUCCUUGUUUUUCAACCCAGAAACUGGGUGGAAUAAAAACCCCAACUUGGAUGUGUGCAUACAACUGAGAAAUGAAUAAUGGCCUAGCACGUUCUCAAGCUUCCAGUUGUUCUCUAGAUUGUCUGCAAAUGUUGCAGGAAUUCUUUCCAAUGCCAAGUGCUGACUGAUGCAUGUGCAGUCCCUUCAACAUGAGAGGGAUAUGUAAAGGAAGAAGGAAAUCUAACUUUUGUGUUGUCCAGAUUUGAUUCUUUCCUUGAGAUGCUAAAUGGUUCCCUAGUAGUGUGUACUUUCUUAGAAUGUGAGUUGGAAGUGUUUGGUGUAGUGUAGGCUCUGGUAGUGAGGGAGGCACAAUAGCUUUAUAAUCUCUUGAAUGAUGAUGACUUCAUGUUUUAAAAUUCACAUACCUCUUUGGUUGCUCAGGGUUUUUAGCAGUACAUGUGUGGUGGGGCCACACUAACUGAAGUUAGUGGUAAGUGUGUGGCAGCAAGUAUGGGGAGCUUUGAGUGAAGCCUCCAGCUCUGAAGAGCUUUACAUUGGGGCAAAAGCAACGAUUUCGGUUUUUAAAAUUUUUUAGUCUGUGUAUUAAUAUACUCUAACCAACCUAAAAACUGGAAUGAUUCUGUGAUUUGGGCAGGUGCAGAUGUAGUGUAAUGCUGGCAUUUAACUAGGUUUAAAGGAUUGAGAGUGCGCUAUAGCAUGCUCACUCACCUCUUGAGCAUCAUUUUGACUUGCCCCUCACAAAAAAGCCCAAUAACCUAGGUUCAGAGUGUUUCCAGUUCUGUGUUAAUGUUGAUCAGUCCUAGCUCUAAGCCAGGACAAAGCAGGAGGGGAAGAUAAAUUUUUAUGUAAAUAGGGACAAAGGUGGUUAUCUUAUAGACUGCUCCUGAUCUGUUAGCCCUAGUCAAGGGCCAGCAUUACAUAAUGUCUGCACCACUCUUGGAAAGAUGUGCUCCCUAGAGAGUAAACUGGCCAACUGUUAGUGGGUUAUGUGCAUUACUUUUCAGUCUGGUGGGCAGAGGGAGGAACUCCAAGCCACAAAACAGUAACGUGUGUGUUAUGCACCUCAGAUAUCCUUAAUAAACAUCAGGUGCUACUUCAGAGGGGCAGAUCAGGACUGUGUGUAUUCUGUCCCAGCACCCACCUCACCUCAAAUUCAGAUAAUGGAUAAGAUAAAUGUGCAUAUAUUUCUGCUUUCAGCAAGCUGUCUUAUUUGGGUUGUUCUGCUAUAACCGGGACAGCAGGGAAAUGUAGCGGGAGAACAACAAGGAAGAUUGGUGGUAGUGAGAUAAUGGGUAGGAUAUAGUAGCAAGGGAGGAAAAGCAGGAAACUUCAGAGGACCCUGAAGCCCUGUCACUUGGUUUUUUAAUUUCUGGAAUUUAAUAGAUAUUGGCUACACACUUUCAGGCUAUUGGCUACCAUAAUAAAAGCAAGAUUUUUUUUUAAAGGGUAGAGGGAGAAAAAGCUGAGAUUAUUAAGUUUGAUCCUUGAUAUUCCAUGCUUCUGUGAUGGUUAUUUAUACAUGCAGAAUACACACUAUCCUGGGAAUGAGAAAAGAGGUAUCUCUGACUGUCUCAGACUUGGAGAUAUUGGUAUAUUUCACAGGCCCAACCCAACAAAUAUCAGUGUGGCUUUAUAACUGCUGCCUAAGUUCUGGCAACCCAUGGAUUGAGCAUCCCUGCUGUAGAGAAUCAGGAAGUUGAUUGUCCCAGUAUCACACUAUACUACAAGCAGAGUACAUCAGCAAUUUCUUUUCCUCAACUUGCUGCUGGCAAUUCUUGUCUUCUGUUUUGUAAGAUUUCUAAUCAAGCUUCCCAGUUGUGGGAUUGCCCAGAGUCUGUUCAUCUUGCCUGUUUCAGGGAAUAGCGUAUGAUAUGCUUAAAGGUGGCAGCCGUACAUUAGUAAGCAAAUUAUUUUUUACACAUGAAUACCUCUAAAGAUUUAUCAGGUAAAAACUCCAUAAGGAGAGAAAUUUGGAUGAUCCCAGCUGGCUCUUAUUGAGCCUCUUGCUUUUGUCUAGAAACCGUGCUAGUUGGCAUACAAGAAAUAUACUUAACAGUAAGGAUGUGUCAGCCUCUGAAUGCUGGUGAACAUGGUUUAAGCCUUAAGCCCUCAAAGAUAACCAGUAUUACCCACUGAAUUAAAAUGACUUUGAGAUUAUCAGAGUGGCAUUACUUGAGGAUUCAGAGCAGGGUUGAGACUCCUUAGCUAAUCAAGCUUCUAUUCCAGAAAGCAGGACUGGCCAGGUGCUGAUGAAAAAAGUGCUUCAGUUGCACAUCAUGUAAUAUUGUUGGUUAGAAUUAGUAGUUGCCAUGAGAAGGGGUGAAUCUUGGGUAUUAAUACUAAAUGUUGGUUCAGUGACCCCUUCUCACAUGUAUAGAUAUGCAACUCUUUGCUCCAGAUUUUAUGCAUGCUGGGGGAAGAAAAAAUGAGUUUUUAAAAACACACAACCUCAUUUUUAAAUUGCCUUUCUUCAGAAUUAAUGUGGAGCUUAAUCCCAAAGAAAGUUGUUUCCUAACAUUGAGGCAGGAGUGCCCUGGGUCAUGCCAAGCUUAUCUGCAGGAGGAGCUCACUCUGUCCUAAGGUAUAUUCUGCUUGUCAGGUUUGCUGUUGCUGACCAGCUUUUUUAUAGAGGACUCAAGAGUUUCAGAAAUAUAUUUUUGUAGACAAUAACUAAACUGUGAAACUGAAAAAAUAAAGCAUGUAAAAGCAUUUCCAACAAUGUUUUCUGUACAGAUGGUUUCUCCCUUCAACUCUUUCCUGGCUUUUGUUAGAAGUUUGACAGUUUCUUGAAUAUAUUUUAAUAAAUAUUUCUUUAUGGUCA